AUGGACUCCACCGCCUGCUUGAAGUCUUUGCUUCUGACCAUCAGUCAGUAUAAAGCCGUUAAAUCCGAGGCGAACACCGCUCAGCUUUUGCGGCACUUGGAGGUAAUUUCUGGACAGAAGCUCACUCGAUUGUUUACAUCAAAUCAGAUACUACCAAGUGAAUGCUUAAGUUGCCUUGUAGAGCUCCUUGAAGACCCAAACAUAAGUGCCCCACUGAUCUUAAGUAUCAUCAAUUUGCUAUCUCAACUAGCUGUAGACAAUGAAACCAGAGACUGUCUUCAGAAUACAUACAACCUAAAUAGUGUGCUGGCAGGAGUGAUUUGUCGGAGUAGUACUUGCCACAAUGAUUCAGUGUUUUUGCAGUGCAUUCAGCUUCUGCAGAGGUUAACAUACAACAUCAAAAUUUUGCAUUCUGGUGCCAAUAUAGAUGAAUUAAUUACAUUCCUGAUAGAUCAUAUUCAGUCUUCUGAAGAUGAGUUGACAAUGCCUUGUCUAGGAUUAUUGGCAAAUCUUUGCCGGCACAAUCUUUCUGUUCAAACGCAUAUAAAGACUUUGAAUAAUGUGAAAUCUUUUUAUCGAACUCUUAUAAGCUUCUUGGCCCAUAGUAGUUUAACUGUGGUUGUGUUUGCACUUUCAAUAUUAUCCAGUUUGACAUUAAACGAAGAGGUUGGGGAAAAGCUGUUCCAUGCACGAAAUAUUCAUCAGACAUUUCAGCUAAUAUUUAAUAUUCUCAUAAAUGGGGAUGGCACACUGACCAGAAAGUAUUCAGUUGAUCUACUGGUGGAUCUUCUUAAGAAUCCUAAAAUUGCUGAUUAUCUUACCAGGUAUGAGCACUUUUCUUCAUGUCUUAAUCAAGUAUUAGGUCUUCUUAAUGGAAAGGAUCCUGAUUCUUCUUCAAAGGUUUUAGAAUUACUUCUUGCCUUCUGUUCAGUGACUCAGCUGCGCCACGUGCUCACACAGAUGAUAUUUGAGCAAACUCCAUCUGGCAGCACCAUUCUGGGAACCCGUUCUAAGUGUUUAGAACCUACUGUAGCUCUGCUUCGUUGGUCAAGCCAACCUUUGGAUGGAUCAGAAAACCGUUCUAUUUUAGUGCUGGAGUUGUUCAAGGAAAUAUUUGAGGAUGUCAUAGAUACUGCUAACUGUUCCUCAGCUGAUCGUUUUGUGACUCUUCUGCUGCCUACAAUCCUUGAUCAGCUUCAGUUCACAGAACAAAAUCUAGAUGAAGCCUUAAUAAGGAAAAAAUGUGCAAGAAUGGUCAAGGCCAUUGAAGUUUUGUUAACUCUGUGUGGAGAUGAUACUCUAAAAAUGCAUGUUGCAAAAAUUCUUACUACUAUCAAGUGUACCACUCUGAUAGAACAACAGUUUACAUAUGGCAAGAUUGAUAUGGGCUUUGGAACAAAGGUAGCAGAUUCUGAAUUAUGCAAACUUGCUGCUGAUGUGAUUUUGAAAACUCUUGAUUUGAUGAACAAACUUAAACAGUUGGUUCCUGGUAUGGAAGUAAGCUUCUACAAAAUCCUUCAGGAUCCUCGCCUGAUUACUCCCUUGGCUUUUGCUUUAACAUCAGAUAAUAGAGAACAAGUGCAGUCUGGAUUGGGAAUAUUAUUGGAAGCUUCUCCACUGCCAGAUUUUCCUGCAUUAGUACUUGGAGAAAGUAUAGCAGCAAACAAUGCCUAUAGACAACAGGAAACAGAACAUAUGCCUAGAAGAGUGCCUUUGCAGUCAUUAAAUCACAGUUUUCCAACAUCGGUAAAAUGUUUAACUCCUCCACUUUUGAAAGAUAGAGUUCCUGGAUUGAACAUUGAGGAAUUAAUAGAGAAACUUCAAUCUGGAGUUGUGGUAAAGGAUCAAAUUAAUGAUGUGAGACUAUCUGACAUAAUGGAUGUGUAUGAGAUGAAACUAUCCACAUUAGCUUCCAAAGAAAGCAGGCUACAGGAUCUCUUAGAAGCAAAAGCUCUAGCCCUUGCACAGGCUGAUAGACUGAUUGCUCAGUAUCGCUGUCAAAGAACUCAAGCUGAGACUGAGGCUCGGACACUUGCUAAUAUGUUGAGAGAAGUUGAAAGAAGAAACGAAGAGCUUGCUGUGUUGCUGAAGUCACAGCAGGUUGAAUCGGAAAGAGCCCAGAGUGAUAUUGAGCAUCUCUUUCAACAUAAUAGGAAGUUAGAGUCUGUGGCUGAAGAACACGAAGUUCUGACAAAAUCCUACAUGGAACUUCUUCAGAGGAAUGAAACUGCUGAAAAGAAGAACAAAGAUUUACAGGUCACUUGUGAUUCUCUACAUAAACAAAUUGAGACUGUGAAAAAGCUGAAUGAGUCACUCAAGCAACAAAAUGAAAAAACUAUUGCCCAAUUGAUAGAGAAAGAAGAACAGAGAAAAGAAGUACAGAACCAACUAGUAGACAGAGAAUGUAAGCUAGCAAACCUAGAACAAAAAAUAAAAGUACAGGAAGAAAAGAUUAAAGUCUUACAAAGAGAAAAAGAAGACAAAGAGGAAACCAUUGGUGUCCUUAGAAAAGAAUUAAAUAGAACAGAUCAGAUAAGAAAAGAAUUGAGCAUUAAGGCUUCCUCCCUGGAAGUUCAAAAGGCUCAAUUAGAAGGUCGUUUGGAAGAGAAAGAGUCCCUGGUAAAACUUCAGCAAGAGGAGUUAAACAAACAUUCUCAUAUGAUAGCAAUGAUCCAUAGUCUAAGUGGUGGGAAAAUAAAUCCAGAAACUGUGAAUCUCAGUAUAUAG